AACGUAGCGGUUCCCGUGAUGGACGUGACGCGCGCGUGUCGCUGCUGUCUGCGGUGUCCCCCGGACAAGGACCUGACGACGCCGUACACACAUCUCGGCAACACAGAGAUUUAUGCCGACAUGAUCAAACAGUGCUUUGACAUAAAUCUGGCAGUGGGCGGCCCGGGCUCGUGCGGCAUCUGCUCGACGUGCGUGGGCCGCCUGCGAGACGCGAGCGACUUCAAGCUGCAAGUGCAGCGCAGCCAGGAGGAGCUGCAGUCAUACACGCAAGGAAUGAACCAUGUUAAAGGUAGAGAAGCACCACCUAUCAAAAACGUUUGUGCUCUAUAG